AUGUCUGGUUUAUUAUCAAGUCAAAGUAAAAGUAGACGUCCAAAAUUUUUGUUUUAUUUACAAGUUAAUGAAUUAGUUAAUAUUCCACAAACUUCAGGAUAUUGUUACGUCAAAUGGAAUAUUAGGGAUGGUACGGGAAGUAAUAAAAAUUCCACUUCUUUAGUUGGUGAUGAUAAACAAUAUAAAGUAUCGAAUCAAAGUAAAGGUUUAACCUCUAGAGUAAAAGUAACACAUCAUAGAGCUCAAUGGAAUUAUAAAUUAGAUAGACCAAUUCAAUUGAAAUUACAAGUUGACAGAAAUAAAAAUAUACAUAGAAAGGAUUUAGUAUUAGAUAUUUAUUUUGAAUUUAUUAAUGAUAAUAAUCCUACUACAACCACAAGUACUACUAAUAGUAAUGGAAAUGGUGGUAAUGUAACGAAUAAUUUACAAGAGAAAAUCUCAAAUAAGAUACAAUUAGGGAGAGUGAUUAUUAACUUAACAGAAUAUAUUAGAGAGGAUGAAAUGCCUAUUACAAAUCGAUUUCUUUUAAAAAAUUCAAAAGUUAAUUCAAUUAUUAAUGUAACUUUACAAAUGAAAUUAAUCCGUGGUACAUACACUGAUUUUAAUUUAAUGCAUUUAGGUAAUGGGAAUUCAAUUUUUACAAAUAAUAAUAGUAUUAAGAAUGGCUCCGGACCCAGUUCUAAUUCUAAAAAUAAAAUACAACCAUUGACUUUAUUAGAUACCCAUGGAACAUCAGAUUUAAGUGGUACAACAUCAAGUUCUUCACCACGUAAAAGUUCACAUUCUUCUAACGGAAUGUCACCACUUACACCUGAUGGUAUUAUUGGUGGGGGACCUCUCACUUUGAAAUCGGGUCAAUCAUCAACAACAAAGGGUCUUUCAACCAUUUCAACUUCUAUGAAUCCAUUAGUGGAUAGUCUCUAUGCAAAGACAUUCCAUUUACCUUGGGAUCCAAGACCUAAUGAAUUAAGUCCCAGAGAAUGUGUAGAAGAUAUUGUGAAAGGUGGUGAUGGAUGGGCUAAAAAUGAAAAUGGUAUUAAUUUAAUCGAUUUACAAGCUUUAAGAUUACAUGAAUUAGAACUGGCUUAUUACGCAUCACAUUCAAUGGAUCCAACAGAUUAUUCAAAUAGUAAUAUGAUUAUUGAUCCAGGAAAUUCAAAUUCAAAUAAAAUGGAUAAUCCAACAGAAGAAUAUUGGGAUUCAAUGGAUAGAAGAGAAUUUAUGGAAAGAAGGCAAGAGGUAACAACUUCAUUGGCUAAUGCAACAUCAUCUCAGAAUGAUAAUCAUCGAUCCUCAGCGAAGAAAUCAGAAUUACAGAGUGGAUGUGGAUAUAAUAAAUCAAGCAAUGAUACCAAAGAUAUUUCAACAGCAAGAGAUACUCGGAGUUGGUCCAUUAGUCAUGUUAUGUCAUGA